AUGGCUACUCGCAGAGCUACUCACGCCGGCUCGUGGUACACUGACAAAGGGCCAGUCCUUUCCCAGCAACUUGACGGCUGGCUAGCAGACGUACCAAGCUCUAUGACACCUGUAGGCACAGCCUCCUCGAAGGGAGGUGAUAUUACCGUGCCCACACCAAGUGCUCGAGCUAUCAUCGGACCGCAUGCUGGAUACUCAUACUCUGGGCCUGCCGCUGCAUGGGCAUACAAGACAGCUGACUGGGCGAAUGCCAAACGUGUAUUCCUACUCUUCCCCUCCCACCACUACUAUCUCUCUACUGCCGCGACCACCGGGUGCAGCAAAUAUGCCACCCCAAUCGGUGACCUCAGCAUAGACACUUCGGUUGUCAAACAGAUACAGAAGGAAUGGGGCCUCGAGGUUAUGGAACGCGGGGUGGACGAGGAUGAGCACAGCUCAGAGAUGCACCUCCCGUACAUCUACAAGAUGCUAUCACUCAAGAACACAAGCUUCCAGGCAGACCCAACUUCCGUACCGCUCGUCCCAAUCAUGGUCGGCAACACAGACGCACGAGCCGAAUCACACUACGGCUCGCUUCUCGCGCCGUACCUCUCCGACCCAAGCAACAUCUUCGUCAUAUCCUCCGAUUUCUGCCACUGGGGCUCUCGUUUCCGAUACACAUACUAUCAACCGCCUGACAGCUCGUCUGGUACGAAUCUGAAGUCAAACUCGAAGGUCGCAAGCGACUACCCGAUUCACGAGAGCAUUGCGGCGGUGGACAAGGAGAGCAUGGAUGCGGUGGAGAGUGGGUCACACAAGGAGUUCUUGCAGCAGUUGAGGGAUACUGGGAAUACAGUAUGUGGCAGACAUCCUAUCGGGGUGUUCUUGGCUGCUGUCGAGAAGGCUGAGGGGCUGGGCGAGGGUAAGGGGAGGUUCAAGUUCGUGAGGUAUGAGAGGAGCAGUCUGGUUGAGGAUGUACGUGACAGCAGUGUCUCGUACGCGAGCGCCUUUGCGGUCUUGUGAGGCGGUGAACCUACGAGACAGUUGAAGGAGAGGCAUUAUGAUUGAGAUAGCAUGAGCAUAGACCGAUCAUAUUAGACGUUCAUUCCCUG